UGCAGGGUGAACAGGAACACGGUCAGUGGCUAUUUCCUUGCUGGCAGAGACAUGGCGUGGUGGCCAAUCGGCGCCUCUCUCUUCGCCAGCAGCGAGGGCUCGGGGCUGUUCGUGGGGCUGGCUGGGACCGGUGCUGCCGGCGGCAUCGCUGUCACCGGCUUCGAGUGGAAUGCGACUUACGCUCUUCUGGCCCUUGCCUGGGUGUUUGUGCCCGUCUACAUCUCAUCUGGGAUUGUCACGAUGCCUGAGUACCUCCAGAGAAGGUUUGGGGGGCAGAGGAUCCGGAUGUACCUCUCCUGCCUGUCCCUCCUGCUCUCCAUCUUCACCAAAAUCUCUACAGACCUGUACUCGGGGGCCCUCUUUGUGCAAGUCUGCCUGGGCUGGGACCUUUACCUCUCCACUGGCCUGAUGCUGGCGGUCACGGGGCUCUACACCAUGGCAGGUAGGCUGCUCAGCAUCUGCUGGCCUCGGCCCUUCCUCUUUGGUUGA